AUGGCAGCUUUGGACAAAAUAACUGCUAUACCAGCAGAAAUUGCUUCCACUCUGCGCAUGAAGCCAAUUCAGGCUUUAGUAUGGAUGACAGGCUGGGCCUGUUGGACGCUGGGGUCUUUACAAUACUAUGCAUUGCCAUUUGUUCUCAGCAAUGUCGCCACAUAUCUGGACACCCCUCAGACAGACAUCUCGUCGGCAAAUACAGUGACCAUGAUCUCAAGAUUUCUCGGCGCGAUCAUUUUUGGUAUCUUGUCAGAUCAGUAUGGACGCAAAAUUCCUUUAACGAUCGAUAUAAUCCUCAUGUGUGGCUUUACAAUCGCUACGGGAUUUGCCAAUACCUUCGCUCAGCUUAUUGCUUGCCGAUUAUUAUUUGGAAUAGCAUAUGGAGGAACCUAUGGACUCGUCAUGUCCACCGUCUUGGAGGCCGUCCCCGAACGGGCGAGGGGGGUUGUUGCUGGAUUCACACAGCAAGGGUUCUCUGCGGGUUAUUUGUUCGCAUCUGGCUUACAUCUUGCAAUGGACCCAUAUGGCUGGCGGUCUCUAUUUUGGCUUUGUGGUGGCCUCGCAGCACCUAUCCUGGUCCUCCAUCUUCUAGCACCAACUCACUCCGUUGUGACCGCAACGAUCCAGGAGAUUGAUGGCGACCAAUUUGUCAACGAACGUGCUGCCGUUGGCGGUAACUUGCCCUUUCUUAAGAAGUUGAGAUAUGUCCUUCGCUAUCACUGGAAGCCUUUUGUGUACGCUUGCUGUUUGACGUCCUGUCUGGCAACAUUGGGGCACGGAACUAUGGAUCUUUAUCCAACUUUCCUGGUCACUCAACGAGGUCUCAACAUUCACCAGGAGACUUGGGUGACAUGCAUUCUACAGAUUGGUGGCAUCUUGGGUGGAGUCACAGGAGGCUUUCUUUCACAUCGGAUUAGCGCGAAAUGGGUUGCAGCUGGAGCAGGUCUCCUAAUUGCACCCUUCCUGCCUUUGUGGACUCUUCCCAAGUCUUGGAAUCUCCUGGCUGUCGGAGCAUUCUUUCUCCAAUUCUUUUAUGGAGCCGCCAUCGGGAAUUUGGGUAAUCUGCUCCAGCAGCUCUGCCCGCAUCCAGGGAUCCGGGCCGCGUUCACUGGGGUUGCAUAUAACCUCGGAAACGCUGUUUCGUCGGUCGCUCCUACAAUCGAGACAGCACUGGGUGAGCGAUUCCCUUUGAGUGACGGCACGCCUGAUUACGCUCGUACACAAAUGAUUGUGGUUGGAGUAGUAAUUUUUCUCCUAGUGACCGUGCUAUCCUUGAUGCCCUUGAAGAGCCUAAACAAGAGCUGGGACCAGGAGGAUCCGAAUAGGGAUAUUCCCAGUCAAGCUGUGAUGAAUGAGGACAUGAUUUUCGAAUCUACUCGAAAGUCUGAUGAGAAGCCAACCUCCGAGAUGGUUGCUUAG